AUGUAUCAACGCGCUCUCCUCUUCUCCGCCCUGGCGGCGGCAGCCCGUGCUCAGCAAGCUGGCACAUUGAAAGAUGAGACUCAUCCCUCUUUGACCUGGCAAAAGUGCACCGCCGAUGGCACUUGCGCUGACCAGAAGGGCUCUGUUGUCAUUGACGCCAACUGGCGCUGGCUCCACUCUACCGACGGUUCCACCAACUGCUACACCGGAAACGAGUGGGAUGCAACUCUCUGCCCUGAUGACAAGACUUGUGCCACCAACUGUGCCCUCGAAGGUGCCGACUACGCCGGAACCUACGGUGCGACCACCGAUGGCAACGCCCUCUCUUUGGGCUUCGUCACUGGCGCCAACAUUGGCUCUCGUCUGUUCCUGAUGGAGGACGAAAGUACCUACCAGAUGUUCAAGCUGAAGAACCAGGAGUUCACAUUUGAUGUCGACGCUUCCGAGCUUCCCUGCGGACUCAACGGAGCUCUGUACUUCGUAUCAAUGGAUGCCGAUGGUGGCCUGGAAAGGUUCGAAGGCAACAAGGCAGGUGCCAAGUACGGAACUGGCUACUGCGACUCUCAGUGCCCCCGUGAUCUGAAGUUCAUCAACGGUCAGGCCAACGUCGACGGCUGGGAGCCUUCUGACAACGACAAGAAUGCCGGUGUUGGCGGCCACGGAGCCUGCUGCCCCGAGAUGGACAUCUGGGAGGCUAACAGCAUUUCCACUGCCUACACCCCCCACCCUUGCGACAGCCCCGAGCAGGUCAUGUGCGAGGGCGACGACUGUGGUGGAACUUACUCCUCCACCCGCUACGCCGGAACCUGCGAUCCCGAUGGAUGCGACUUCAACUCCUUCCGCAUGGGUAACGAGACCUUCUUCGGCCCCGGCAUGACAGUCGACUCCAAGUCCAAGAUGACCGUGGUCACUCAGUUCAUCACCGCCGACGGCACCGACUCCGGCGCCCUCAAGGAGAUCAAGCGCAUCUACGUUCAGGACGGAAAGGUUAUCGCUAACUCUGCCUCUGAAGUCGCCGGUGUUGAGGGAAGCUCUAUCACCGAGGAGUUCUGCGCAGCCCAGAAGAAGGCCUUCGGCGAUGAGGAGAGCUUCACUGCUCACGGUGGUCUGGCUGGUAUGGGCGAGGGCUUGGACCAGGGCAUGGUUCUCGUCAUGAGCUUGUGGGACGAUCACCAUUCUAACAUGCUCUGGUUGGACGGCGAGGCCUACCCUACUGAUGCCUCUCCCUCCGACCCUGGUGUUGCCCGCGGCACAUGCGACAUCACCUCCGGCGACCCAGAGACCGUUGAGAAAGACUUCGCCUCCGCCAAGGUGAUCUACUCCAACAUCAAGGUCGGCCCCAUUGGCUCCACCUUCUCUUCCUAA